CAUGAGUGCACGCAAAGUGGAGACGGCGUUGCGACGCGUGCUGCGUGCGGUGAGGCCGCUGACUGGCAAUGGAGCUAGCGGUAGUAAUGUGCACACGACUGCUAUGCAGACCGCUGCUUUUUCUGGCUUAAGUGUGGCCUCUACGAGCCAAGCGAGGCGUAUGAACGUGGCGUUGGUUGGUGGAGCAGUGGCUUUAGCUGUAGCGCUGGAUAUCGAGGCUCAGAACGAUCAGAAGAAGAGCCAGGAAGUUGAAGGCGGCUACAUAGUAAAUCCGAUUCAGAAUGUGACUGCUCUACUGCGUCUGUACGAGCAGAUCGAUCAGAAUAUGAGCGUGUUCGCUGCUCGCAUGCUAGAGGACUUGGAGCGAAGCGUGGAGAAGGAGAAGAAGACAAACGGUGGCAAACUCAUGCUGUCACCUGAGCAGCGUGCACUCAAUAUGAGUAUUGUCUUCGAGUCCACGCUCGAGAAGGUGCAGGACGCCGUUUUCCGCAACAAUUACGUGACCAAGGAACAGGUGCAGGAGGCCAUGCAGCAGCUCGUCACGGGCACACUGCGCGGUGGAGGCCCCGACGGCAAGAUCACAGUAGCUGAGGCGGAAACUAUCGAUGACUUUGUGCGAAAGCUCGGACGGUUGCGAUGGAAAGUCACGGGCUCGCGCGAGCCGCUUAUUCCUGGAGCCAAGUCGGCUUGGAUGGUGCCGGACGAGAAGCCCGACAUUGAAGUCACGACGGUGAUUCGCGUCAUGGAGGAGCUGAUCCCGUCACUGACAGCGGAGAUGGAGAAGAUUGCCACGUCUCUCCGGAAGCAGAAGCUGGCGGACGCAGAGUUCCGCAGUCAGCUCUCGCAGCAGUACAUCAAGGCGUCUGGCAAGAUGACUGAGGAGAUCUGCAAGAAGUUCCAGCUGGACUUGCGCGCCUUCCAAGCUGCGCUCAUGUACUACCACGACAACGACCAGUUCGAAAAGGCACUAGCGAAACUGGCUGAGCAACAGCAGAAGAGAUAUUUUUUCUAA